GUUAUCUGUCGGGUACCGAUAAAUGAUAAGAAAGCAGGAUAAGAUGUGAUUGUCCAUUUGGACGAAGAUUUAGAGAUUACAAACCCAACCAACAACCUCACAUACCUGUAUUACUACUCAAAACCGCCAUUGUUAUUCAUUUCUCUUCAAGUUCAAGGUUUUGGUUUAUGCAAGUUAUAAAGCAGUAAAAAUGGUGGUUCUAGCAAGCAGCAGUGUUAGUAUAAAUUCAUCCCCAAUUAUGGGGACGGGGGUUAACAAUACCCUUUUUCAUUCUCAAAAACCCCAAAAACCCUUAAUUUUUAUGCCAAAUGCUAAACCCAUUUCUCAAUUUCUUUCUCUCCCCCCCUUAUCGAUUGAUGCUGUUUCUCCUUCUUCCGCUAGAACUUCAGCUGUUGCUGUUGCUACCGAUACCAAUCAGCCCAGUUCUUCUUCUGAUCAGGAUCAGACAACUAAGAAGUAUUAUUUUGUGGUUGCAAAUGCAAAAUUCAUGCUUGAUGAAGAGGAACAUUUUAAAGAGCUUAUGAACGAGAGGCUUCGUCUUUUCGGCGAGCGUAACAAAGAGCAGGACUUUUGGCUUGUUAUUGAACCUAAGUUCCUGGACAAAUUCCCUAACAUUACCAAGAGAUUAAAGAGACCUGCUGUAGCUUUGGUUUCAACAAACGGUCCAUGGAUCACGUUCAUGAAACUGAGAUUGGAUCGUGUUCUAGCAGAAAGCUAUGAAGCCAACAGCUUAGAAGAAGCAUUAGAAUCAAACCCAACCAAAUUAGAGUUUGAAAAGCCAGAAAAGUGGGUAGCCCCAUACAAAAAAUAUGAAUAUGGUUGGUGGGAGCCCUUUUUGCCACCAGGACCCCCGAAGCCCGAGGCUUGAAGAGCAGUCGCUAAGUAGUGUUUACCAGUUUUUGUGUUAGAUGAAUCGAAUAUUAGUGCAUAGUCGCAUCUCGCAUCUCGCAUCUCGCAUGGAUACUUGAGGUCGAUCUUGUUCAGGUACUAGACGAAGCCCUAUAUCGAUAAUACAAAAGACCGACUUAUUUUGAAGCUGGUGCAGUGCAAUAAAGCAUGCAGCAACGACAAGAGUUGAAGUAGAAAAGAAAACAAUGCAUACUUUUUGUGUUGUUUGCUGUGUGGCUAGUUGUUUAAGUAUGUCCGUAUGUGUUUAGUUAUAAAUUGUAUUUGUAGGGUUGGUGUAUUUGCUCUAGGUAAUGUACUCAUGUUUGCUUACUUUUCUUUACUUCCCUAUAUGAACAGGUAUCCCUAAAUAUAUUUUUCGGUUAGAUACCUUGGACAUGUUUGAAACACUCUUGGUUUUGUUGUGAGGAAUAUAAGCAAAAAUUUAACUUUUAAAAA